AUGAGCGUUAUGGAGAGGACAGUGAAGCUUGGAAGAGAUGACCCAAGGCGAAUUAUUCACUCAUUGAAAGUGGGCUUAGCUCUUACCUUUGUUUCCUUGUUGUAUUAUUGGAGGCCUCUCUAUGAUGGCUUUGGAAUUGCUGCCAUUUGGGCUGUUCUUACUGUUGUGGUAAUUUUUGAAUUUACUGUAGGUGCUACACUGUCGAAAGGUUUGAAUAGAGGGCUUGGAACACUGCUUGCUGGAGCUUUGGGUGUCGGAGCUCAGCAUUUUGCUAGCCUUUUUGGGCAAACUGGAGAGCCUAUUGUUCUUGGCUUCUUUGUUUUUUUGUUAGCGGCUGCGUCGACGUUUUCUCGAUUCUUUCCACGGAUUAAAGCUCGUUAUGAUUAUGGGGUUUUGAUUUUCAUUUUAACGUUUAGUUUAGUUUCGGUUUCCGGGUAUCGAGUUGAGAAAAUCUUGGAGUUGGCUCAUCAACGACUAUCGACUAUUUUGAUUGGUGGAGCUACGUGUAUCUUUAUUUCUCUAUUUAUAUGUCCUGUUUGGGCGGGUGAAUCGCUUCAUAAUAUUAUCGUUUCGAAUAUCGAGAAACUCGCGAAUUAUCUCGAAGGGUUUGGAGGUGAAUAUUUUCGAUAUGAGGAUGGAGAGAAUGUUGAUGAAGACUCCAAACACAACAAAUUAUCAUCUCUUCAAGCUUAUAAAACCGUGCUGACUUCACAAUCAUCGGAAGAAUCUCUGGCAAAUUUUGCAUCGUGGGAACCCCGUCAUGGAAAAUUCUCGUUUCGUCAUCCGUGGAAACAGUAUUUGAAAAUUGGAUCACUCACUCGACAAUGUGCGUAUCAAAUCGAGUCGCUUAAUGGCUAUAUCAAUGUCCCAACUGAAAUCCAAGUGGCGAUUCAAUUUCGGAGAAGAAUAGAAGAAUCAUGCAAUGCCAUAAGCUCAGAAUCCGGGAAAGCUCUACGUAUAUUAGCUUCAUCCAUCAAAACAAUGACAAACCCGUCUUCAUCGAGCAAAACCCACAUCGAAAACGCCACGGCCGCCAUCGAUGAGCUUAAGAACACACUCAAAACUGGAUAUAUGGAGAGCUCUGACCUUCUAGGGAUCAUACCAGAUGCAACAGUUUGUUGCAUAUUGAUCGACAUCGUGAAGUCGGUGGAGAAGAUAUUGGAGGCUAUCGAAGAGCUCGGUGUGUUGGCGAGCUUCAAAAGCGUGGAGCCGACGGUGUCACCGGAGAAGUCGACGCAGUUGCUUCAUCGAGGGAUCGUGAACCCGUUGUUCGACGGGGAGUGUGGAGAUCAUGUUGUAAUUAUGGUGGAUAAUGAAGUAGAAGUUGGUAAGAGUCAUGGUUUAGAGGUGAAGCCAAGCAAUGGGGAGAUGGUGUGUAAAUAG